AUGGCCGAGCUAGUGGGCCUUGUCGCCAGUAUUGCUGGCCUUGUCCAGAUUGCGGGACAAAUUACCAAACUCAGCUACAGCUACGUCUCAGACAUCAAGUCAGCUCCCAAAACACAAAAGCUAUAUCUGCAAGAGGUUUCGGCGCUCACAGAUGUUCUUUUUCGGGUGGAAAAGGCUAUACAAGAGGCAGAGUCUACCGAUUUAGAUCUGCCGUCAUGGCCCUCUUCGCUCAAUGAAGAAGCUCUUCAAGAGUGCCGCCGCCACUUGUUAGCCCUUCACGUCGAUCUCGACAAGCGACUACGCCGCCUAGUAUGGCCGUUUCAGGAAAAAGAGGUCAAGAAAUACAUUGAUCUUUUGCAUCGUUACCGAUCUCUCUUUGCCGAUUUUCUCUCGACAAAUAUCAUGUCAGUUACCACUGCUACAUACAAAAAGGUGGCAGGCAUCGAUCAAGAGCAAAUGAGGCAGUAUCUUUACUCUCUUUUCCCAGCAUCAGAUAAUCUUCUACGAUCCAGACCAAAUGCUUGCCCUGGAACUGGAAAAUGGUUUUUGAACUCUCAAGAUGUGGAGAACUGGCGUACCGGAGACCCAUCCCUGCUCUGGUGCUACGGAGCCCCUGGUGUCGGCAAAUCGCUACUUUCAUCAAUCACAAUUGGGAACCUAUGGGAUCAGAGAUCAGAGACUACAUGCUCCGUGGUAUAUGUAUUUUGUCAGUUCUCAUCACGGGAGCAACAAACCCUCACAGCAAUCCUGCAAUGCAUGAUCCGGCAAGUAAUCGAGCAAGCAGAUGAAAAAGUGCUUUUCGCAAUGAAACAUCUAUUCGUCGACCCAAUGAAGCAGCGUGAGCCCGUAGGACUCACCGAAUCAUUUGCAACGGCAUGUGAGCUGAAGUCGACAUACCUCCUAGUUGACGGCCUAGAUGAGGUGACUGGAGCAGAUGGUUUGCUGCCUUACCUGUCUUCUUUUGUCGAAAAUGGGUGCAAAGUAAUGGUCACCAGUCGAGACCUUGGCCAUAUCAGGAAGGCUAUGGAUUUUGCAACCAAGAUAGAAAUAUGUUCGCAAGUUGAAGACUUAGAGAUCUACAUCGACUCUCGCUUUCAAAAGAACGAGCUUCCUCGAGGGGCACAAAAGUUGAUCGGGAAAAUCAUGGAAAAGUCGGGGAAUAUGUUUUUACAUACCAAGCUUGUUUUGGACGAGAUCUUGGAUCUCACUACUGUUCGCCAUAUGCAAAAGGCCCUCGAAAAACAGUCGACGGGGUUGAAUCAAGUUUACCAAUCGACACUACAGCGAAUUGAUAUGCAACCAAUGGCAAAGAGGGAACUUGCUCGGCGAUUUAUCGGAUGGGUUGUCUUUGCUAAAAGACGUCUAAAAAUCGAUGAAGUAAUCCAUGCUUUCGCUGUCGAAGAUGACGAGAAUUACAUUGAAGAAGAUAACUUCGUCAGCCCUGAUCUUCUCCUUCGAUCAUGUGUUGGUCUAGUGGUAUUACAUGAAGACAAGACGGUUGCAAUGGUUCAUGCGACUGCUUACGACUUCUUCGGAUCCACGGUGUUGCUAUCUUGUGACAUGGAGACCGACAUCGCAGAGACAUGUCUACGCUACAUGUGUCUCAGUCCGUUCAAGGAAGGGCCAUGCACAAGUCGCGUGGAGAUGUCCUGCCGCUUUGAUAAAAUGCUGUUUCUGGAUUAUGCUUCGCGGCAUUGGGCAAGACAUAUCAAAGAGAUAGAAAGCGUGGAGGAAGAUCUAAAGUCCCUUGUUCAGUUUUUUAUAUGCAACGACAAGCUCCUGAAUGCCGCCGUUCAAGCGUUACAUUUCCGUAAUAAGCUGGAAAUUGAUCUCUUGGACUCUCUUUUUGAUUCAAUCCCUCAAGAUCAAACAGCAUUGCAUGUCGCGGCUUAUUGGAAUCUUACGGGAACCCUCAGGACCCUGAUCGAGUCAGGACUCAGUACAUGUCUAACAGAUACUCAAGGGUGGACACCUCUCCACUACUCCUGUGCAAACGGUCAUUUUUCUUCUGCCGAAAUUCUCGUGAGAAAUGGGGCAGAUGUCGAUGCCACAGAUAAUCAAGAUUGGACCCCUCUUUUCUGGGCAUCAUUCACUGGAAGUUUGGACAUUGUUCGUCUUCUAUUAUCCGAGCAUGCAAAUUAUACAAAUCGCAGCAAAUAUGGUUGGACAGCAUUACACUGGGCUAUAUCCCGUGGUGAAGCCGAGGUGGUUUUGGAGCUUGUGCAACAUCAUCAAGCGCAGUUGUCGCGUGUUACUAAGGCUGAUAUUCGGACCCUCAGCGUCGAGGACGUGAGACGAUUGAACACACCAGAAAACACUUCGCCAAUGCAAAUAGCAGCUGAGGGCAAGAAUGCUAAAAUAUUCGACCUGCUUGUGGCCCACUUUGAUGCACCGGAUUCUACCGGAGGGGAAGAUUUCCAGAAGAUCUGGUCAAGAGAGAGAUUUAGAGUCCCUAUUGCCCAGAGCACGUGGAGAAACACAUUCAAGUCACAAAUAAAUGGAGAGGCAAGCCAUCCAAGUGAGUUGAUUGCCGGAGAGACAUACAUGGAGGAAGACCCCAGAAAUUACUUCUGGUAUGAAUUCACGAAGGAAGAUCCAUCAGCAUGGAAGUCAAAUCUACUUGUCUCCGCUAUCCAGGAUGGAGACUUUCAGGCAGCUAAACUGUUCCUCGAACUUGGUGCAGAUGUGAAUUACUUUUCUGAAAAAGGACCGCUGUUGGACCUUGCCGCGCAUCAGAGAGACCCACGUUUUGUGCAGCUUCUGCUGGAAAAGAGUUCCAAAGAACUACAGGCUGAAAUGAACGAGUCUAUACUGCGCACUGCUAUCUCCCUCGGGAACUUGGAAACAGCAAAAGUCAUUCUCGACAGUGACGGUGCUCAUGUCAAUCACAAUGGAACACUUUUGCAUGCAGCCGCGAGUGAACAAGACCCACAAUUUGCAUUGCUUUUGUUAUCUAAAGGGGCACGGCCUGAACUCCUAGAUGGGUAUAACCAGACUGCCUUGAGUGUCGCAGUAACGAACGGAUUCGUUGAGACAGCACAAGCUCUGAUUGAGGGUGGUGCAGAUGUCAAUCAGUGGUCGAACAUGUGGAUUUGUAACAAAGGUGGAUGGCGAACCUGCCUGAUGAUGGCCGUUUCUCUUGCCGGCGCUGAUAUUGGGGAUCAGGAAAGGAGGGACUCGGGAACUGAAAUGGUUCGCAUGCUACUUUCAAAAGGGGCCAGUCUCGAGUUCAAAGAUGAAGAAGGAAAGACUGCUUUGCACGUGGCAGCAACGUGCCGCAGUGUGAAAUGCACUGAACUUUUGAUGGCAGCUGGGUCUACGAUUGAGACUGUCGAUGAGAGUGGGCGGACACCAAUCCAUACCAUGAUGGAAGCUGUGAAGCCGAGCUGGGAUGUGGAAGAGGUUGAAGAAGUUCUUCGCCUACUGCUCCAAGGGCUAUCAGAAGACGUCGUCAUCUCAUUAUUGGCCCAGAAAACGUGUCAAUCCGUUGUUUCCAACUUUUUGGACGAUGGAGAUAUUCAAUUAGACACGCCACUGACUAGUGCAUUGAAGCAGAGAGCUUGGAGCAUAGCUCGUCUCUUGGUGAACUUUGGAGCGGAGCCCCCCACCAGCUCUAGCUUUCGGCCUAUUGUGACGGACGCGGCUAGAGACCUUGAAUCUCAAAUUGUCGCGAGUCUUAUCGGGAGUGGUAUGUCGCCAAGCGAUGACGCUGUUUUGGAACUGAUAAAGAGCAUUGAUGACCGAUUUUUCGCCGUGCGUUCCUCUUUACUUUCUUUAUCUAGAAAGACACUGUCUCGCUCUGAGUUUAGUCGGGUGUGUGCACAAGCACGUGCGAAGAACAACCUUCAAAAACCACGGCUUCCACACGACAAGAUGGCGCAGGCUUCCAAGCCCAUUCUGACUAGUUUGGUGUCGGCGGGCGCAGACGUGAACUUUUGCAACUCAGAAAUAAAAACAACUCCUCUUCUUCUCGCAGCCGAGAAGAUUCCGAUUGCGCAGAUUACGGCCGCUCUAUUGGAGCUUGGUGCCGAUUGUUUCCAUUCUUUUGAGAAUGGAUUUGAUCCAAUUUUGACGGCUGCGGCAGUCAACAACACUGAGCCCCUGCGUUGUCUGUUAGCGCAUGCCUCAAACUCGCCCAAACCGGGCCAUUGGACCCAACAUUUGGAGUACCAGGGCCAGCUGAGCAACAAAGAUAUAUUUGACUGCAUAUGUCAGGCAUUGAAACUCGCCGGCAAGCUCAACUACAAAUACUCAAAUGAAGAAACAUUGUUGCAUUUCGCCGCAAAUACAGGGAACACCGAUUUGGUCAUCAGUUUGAUCUCCCAUGGUGCCUAUGCAGAUAUACCAAAUGAAGAUGGCUUUUUCCCCAUCCAUUGUGCUGCAUUCGCCUCGGGUCAUAAUGAUAUAGUAUGGCGCCUUCUUCCAGUGAAUAUAGUCCAACAUAUCUCCCAUCAUCAUCCCUAUCGCUCCGUUGAGGCAAGAGUCUCCCUCCGAGACGAAGAAAUUUGUCAGCAGAUAUCAAACAUAACGAACGAAAAAGGAAACACAAUGCUUUGGGAAGCUUUGGAAAGUGGGGAUGAGACUAUGUUUCUGCAUCUUCUCAAGCUCGAGAGCGAUUUCAACUCUUGUGUCACACUUUGUGGAAAGCAUCCUUCACUUCUCUAUCAUGCAUGUGCUCGUGGAAUGACAAAAGCAGUAUCUUUCUUGCUGGAAUGCAACGUUGAUAUAGAAAGAGCUGAUAAUUGUGGAUGGCGUCCACUUCAUGGCACACAUCACAUGGAAAUAAUCGAGAAACUAAUUGCUGCUGGAGCUGACGUCUGCGCUUCCACAACACAUUUUGAUGAGGAUUCUUUAGCGGGUUCUGACCUUGACCAGAAAUCAUGGAAUGGCCACGCUCUCCAUUUGGCUAUACUCGAGGGUAACGUCGACAUUAUUGAGCUUCUUUUGAAGCAUGGUGCAGAUGUGAGUGCGAAUGCCGGAUUCUUCAAAAGGUACGACGGAAGAAUAUGUGGACCGACUGCUCUACACAUAGCAUUAGAUCCACAGGCAUGGUAUACUGGAGAUGAUGAAGACUGGGAGGACUGUGAAGACCAUAAUGAAGAUUAUUUGAAGAUUGCUAGAAUGCUGAUUGGAAACGGAGCUCCGGUCGAAGGUGUCUUGGACCAACUGCGGGUGAAGGAUAUUCCAAGUUUCGAGGGCUUUGAGGAUGUUUGGAAUAAGAUUCGAGGGGAUUGA